AUGGGCACAGACUCCACCGAGAGUUAUGCAGGAAAAACGAAUGGCACGUCCAUUUUUUUGGACUUGCCCCACGAGAGUAUCUCGCCAGGGACUACGUACGCCCGAGAACUGCACACUCCAGAUGUCAUGAGUAUGAACAACUCAAGGAUAUCUAUGGACUCAUUUCACGCACCGACUAAUGGUACAUCGGGCCCCUCGUUGAAUGUGAAUGGGUCCCGUACGGAAACAGUGCAAAUGAAUAUUCCUAAGCCGUCAUCAAACACGCCCAAGUCUACUGUUAAAAAAGGAAGAGAAAUAGUCCAGCACUUCCGCUUAGCGUGGUUUGCGAUGAUCAUGGGCUGGUCCGGUACCGCAAUAGUAAUUGACGGGUUCCCAGGAGCAUCGGGCGAUUUCAAAUAUUCACUGAAUAUUAUUGGAACAGUGGUGUGGCUGUGGGGUUUGGCGUAUUCUAUAGUCUUUCUAGUAGCGAUUAUGGCGAGAUUAAUAAGUUAUCCUGCUGGGUUUUGGAUGAUGAUGCAGCAUCCACAGGACUCGCUCUUUUUUGGUUGUCUGCCAAUGGGGAUGGCUGUACUGUGUUCCGGUUUUGUGCUGUUUGGACCGAACAUCAUGCCGGAGGCCGUAGCGUUCAUGACAGCUCAGGUGUUGUUCUGGAUCACCGUGGCCGGGUGCGUGAUGUCUAUGACGCUGCUUCCGUACCUGAUGAUGGUCACCCACAUACACCAACACCACACUAUGACCUCUCUGUGGCUGCUGCCAUUGGUAACCUGUGUGGUGCAAUCCGCGACCGCUGGUGUGGUAGGCCCAGCACAGUACUCACCAGCGCAUCAGCAGAACAUUCUCAUCGCAGGGUACAUACUGUGGGGUGCAGGCAUCCUAGCCGCAGCCCCAGUCAUUGCAGCGUUCCUGUCGCGUCUGAUUGUGCACGGACUGCCCUCGGGCUAUCUGGGUAAUUCUGUGUGGGUGGUGUUGGGGCCCAUAGGCCAGGGCAGCAAUGCGAUCAUCAUGCUUGGUCGCAAUACGCUUGCGCUGCAGUGUGCGGGUUACUUCUGUGCAUUGGGCGAGGGCUCGGCCGACCCGCUCACGUGCGCAUGCAGUGGUGAGAGAAUAAGCACUAUUUCGUCAUGGGGAGUGAAUGCUCCCGGGAUGACGCUUAUGGUGGGGGUGGUCAUGUGGGGUACGGGGUGUUGGUGGCUAUUUAUAGCCUGUGUGACCAGUAUAAGUUCGACAUACAAGGGCAAUCGCUUGGCCCGGUUUCUGAUGUUAUCGGACAGGCGCAGGGGGCGAAAGAGCCGGAGGGGUGUAAUGCAGGACAGCACACACUCACACACAUCACAAGGCACACACGCGCUCACACACGCCCACAGCGAUACAGACUUACAAACACAAACACAAACACAAGCACAGACACUGGGGCAUUUCCGGUCUUUCCCCUACACGCACGAGGUGCAGGAAAGUGGACUGAGCAGCGCCCAUGCCCAGGACCCGCACAGCAGGCCAGAGGUCAGAAUGGGAUUCACUCUGGGGUGGUGGGGUUCGGUAUUCCCUCUCAUCACGCUGGUACUGAGUACGUAUCAGAUCGAAAUAGACACAGGCUUUGUGUUCUUCCUGUGGUUUGGCCGUGCCUUGGCGUGUGCGCUGAUAGGCCUCUCGUGCUAUGUGCAUGCCAAGACUGUGGUUGCGGUGUUGCGCCGGUCGUUCUGGACUAGCUUUCACUGA